UUCGCGGCUCGAACCAGUGUGUGCUCUGCAACUUUGGAGUGCUGCUGCUAGCAAGACGGCUUUAAUGGGACCCCUGGUGUCAUUCGCUCCAAGCCUCCAUCUCCCCCGCAGACUAAACGCUGCGGCCAUCAUGCCACAAUGGUUAUAAUUUGGAUCUUGUUCCUGAGUUUGGUGCGGGAGCCCUGGUCCCCAGGCCGGGCCGCGGGGGUGGCCGAGGCCACCGGAACCUCCCCGAGCGACCCCCGGCCACGCCGGGAUGCGGGGGGUCGCGGCGGCGUCUACGAGCACCUCGGGGGAGCGCCCAGGCGCAGGAAACUCUACUGUGCCACCAAAUACCACCUCCAGAUCCACCCCAACGGCAAGAUCAACGGCACUUUGGAGAAAAACAGCGUCUUCAGUAUUCUUGAAAUAACUGCUGUUGAUGUUGGAAUCGUCGCCAUCAAGGGCUUGUUCUCUGGCAGAUACCUGGCCAUGAACAAAAGGGGCAGACUUUACGCAUCAGAAAAUUAUAAUGCAGAGUGUGAGUUUGUGGAGAGGAUCCAUGAAUUGGGUUACAACACCUACGCGUCCCGUCUCUACCGGACUGUACCCAACAGAGCCGGCACCAAGCGCAAAGCCAGUGCAGAGAGACUCUGGUAUGUCUCAAUCAAUGGGAAAGGACGACCCAGAAGGGGCUUUAAAACUCGCAGGACACAGAAAUCGUCUCUCUUUCUGCCCAGAGUAUUGGAUAACAAAGACCAUGAAAUGGUCCGACUGUUCCACACAAACGUGAAGUAUCGAGAGAGCCUCCUGAAGUCCCCAAGCAAGAACCAGAGAAGAAGGAGAGGACGCUGAUGGGGAUGGGGGGGGAGCUUCUAUGAGGGCUGGAAGUGACUGAGAGUCUUCAAAAUACUACUAAAAAAACUAACAGCUGUGAUUGUAUGUCAGGCAUUAACAUGGACGUUUUUUAUACACUGUAUAAUAUAACUGAAAGUCACAUCACUUACUUUUAGCUAUUGUAGAAUUAUUAUCUGUGGUAAAAGAGAUGUGAGAUAAACUAAGGCACAUUCAAAUGUAAAUUAGUUGG